AUGGCCGACCUCGCCAAAGGUCAACUCGUUCGCGACGAGCGUUGCUCCAUGAUGGACCUCAUGAGCGCCAUCGAGAUCAACGACGCUCGCACCGACACUUACCUUCAUUCGCAAAAGGAGCGACAGCGACAGUCGUCCCUGCCUUCUUUCGACCCUGCGGUGCCUCUACACGCUCAAGAUGUCGUCUGGCUCCAUGACGAGGUUCUGCGGCUCGAGGCCACGUUUCACGCCGGCUAUCCGCUCGCCUCGACCCUGUGGACGUGCAACUACCUGCGCGCCGACUCGCUCGCCGCAAUAUCGGGCUUUGCCCCGUCGACUUCCGCCUCGGCCGACGACGGCCAGUCGCAGCUGCGCACGGUCGUCGUACGAGCGCUCUUCCUCGGCGUCCUCAAGAGCAGCCAGAUCGUGUGGGAGGAGCUCGGCAAGAACCAGGUCUACGAGCACGAGGACGUCCACCUGUCGCGCGGUUCCCUGUCGUUCAACAGCCUCAUGUCGGCGUGCUACGCGCCGUCCUUGCCACCUUCCGCGCCAGCCUCGCCGCUCGUCAUGCCCGGGCAGGGCCAGGACGAGUCGCCGCAGCCGCCGGAGCGCCUCAUCUCGGUCGACGACGUCCUGCGUGACCUCGACGCUGCGUUGAGGUGGCUGCAGGCCGAGGAGCAGGUGCAGGCCGAGUGGCUCAGUGCCGAGAUGAGGGAGAAGCUCGUCGCGAGGGUGACGCUGCGGAUCGACCUCCUGUACCCGAUCGCGCUCCUCACCUACCCGGCCCACACGUCGCCCUCGGCCAUCUCGCACCACCUCGACCGCCUCGAAUCCUACUCGUCCCUCUUCCCGACGGCUUCGACCCCUUCUUCGUCCGACACGACCUCGUACGACCCACCUCCCGUCCUGCGGGCCGCCUUCCAUCCCUCGGCGACCGUCCCCCUUCUCGCGACGCAGCAGCCGCCUCGGCCAGUCGACAUCCUCCCGCUCGACGCGGCGUACGACCUGUGGCGCCGCAUCGUGAGCCACCUCGGUGAGCUCAUGGGGCUGUGGGAGCUGUGGAGGAAGGGAGAAGGUGGAUGGAAAGAGCUGCACGAGUGGAGCAGGAGGAGGGCGAGGGUCGAGGCGCAGCCGUACGUGCGGUCGGUGCAGCAGUCGCUCAUCUCGACCCCGACCCAUCUCUUCCACGUCAAGCCGAUCUCGUCCCUCGCGACCUCCUUCCUCACCUUCACGACGCCUCUCCCUUCCUCCUUCACUUCGACGCUCCCCCUCCUCCUCUCGCACGAGUCGCACCCCUCGCAACCUGCCCACACCCUCCUCGCCUUCCUCGAGCGUCUCUCGGCCAAGCUCGCGCAGUUCGCGCAUGCCCUCGCCGGCCAGAACCGCGGUCGGCAGCGUCGGUGGGUCAUCAAGAGCCUCGGGACGUGGGACGAGCUCGUCUGCGAGGCGGCCGGCGACGCGCGGCGGCUCGUGCACGAGGUGCUCGCCGCCGUCGAGUACGCGCUGCCUGAGGGGGACGCGGCGCGAGUUCGUCGUGCGGCGCAGCUGCUCCGUGUGGCGGUGAGCGCACAUGCGCACGAGCUCGCGCUCGAGACGCUCCUGAGCGGGUUCGAGGAGGCAGUCGGGCUCUUUGGCGGAGGUGGAGGUCCGAGCGGGGCAGGAGGGGGAGCGGCCGAGGCGUGGUGGGUCGGGACGAGGGUCGCGAGACGACUGGCGACGCUGUGGGACACGCUCGUCGGUGAGAAGGACGAGGGAGAGGGGGGGAGGGACUACCUCGAGGCAAAGAGCUUCGAGGCUCGAGCGAUCGAGGCGGUCUGCGCUGCGUCCUGGCUGGUCUCCUGCGCUUCAACGUCGAGCCGACCACCGCCCAAGUUCUCCUCACCCUUCCUCCCCUCCCUCGCCUUUCCUCCCGCACAAGCCGCUCAAGGUCGCUUCCGCCAACGCUUCGAGUGGCUCGGCCGACUGUCUCGGCUCGACGGCGCGGCGCAAGGGUCGGUCGCAGACUGGGCGGCGUAUCGAGAAGAGCGGGAUCGGCUGGACGAGGUCGAGGUUGGAGAUCUCGCAAGUCGGUCGGAGGAGGCGUGCGAGCGCGCCAUCCUCGCCGUGACCGCCCUCGAGCGGGUCCUGCCCGCGCUCAGCGGCACGCUCUCGCCCUUUCAGGUAACGCAGCAGCACGACCUCGGCCCGCUCAGCUGCGUCCCCUCUGCCGCGUUCGACCUCCCAGAUUCGCCAAAAGGGCGGUCGCUGUCGUCGCAGUUGCGGCGGCUCGGCAUGCACGCGAAGGCGAGCUCGUAGUCGAACGUCUACGAUCUAGCUGCCUGCAUUGUCGAGCUCGUCCACGUC